UCAACAAUGUCAAUGUCAAGAUUGUCACUAAGAGUUUUCAUUUUGACGUUUCGCCAAUUAAUAUUUUCUUUUGCAAAACGCGUUUGAAGUGAUCGGUUGGGCAGCGGUGUUACACACGUGUCCAACAUGGUGAACGGUAGGAUCCCCAAUGUAUGUUCCAAAACAUACGUAACUCCCAGACGUCCUUACGAAAAGGCGCGUUUGGACCAGGAAUUGAAAAUUAUUGGAGCUUUUGGACUCCGUAACAAGCGUGAAGUAUGGAGGGUUAAGUUGUCCCUUGCUAAAAUCCGUAAGGCUGCCCGUGAGUUACUUACUCUCGAUGAGAAAGAACCAAAGAGGUUGUUCGAAGGUAAUGCGCUUUUGCGUCGUCUCGUCCGUAUUGGGGUAUUGGAUGAAAACAGGAUGAAGCUCGAUUAUGUCUUGGGUCUUAAAAUUGAAGAUUUCUUGGAGAGGAGGCUCCAAACUCAAGUUUUCAAACUGGGAUUGGCCAAAUCUAUCCAUCACGCUAGAGUGUUAAUUAGGCAAAGACAUAUCCGAGUCCGUAAACAAGUUGUGAACAUUCCCUCGUUUGUCGUCCGAUUGGACUCCCAGAAACACAUCGACUUCUCACUGAAAUCGCCCUUCGGUGGUGGCCGCCCUGGACGUGUAAAGAGGAAGAACCUCCGCAAAGGAACUGCUGGACCUGCUGCUGAAGAAGAGGAAGAUUAGAGAGUUAAUUUGUUAAUGUAUUUAAUACAUUUUUAAGUACAA